UGUCUUUGUCGAGAGGGUUAGGAGAGGCGAAAUCGGUGGUGCCCUUUGCUGAGGUUCCGCAUUUUGAGCUCAAUGAGGACCCCUUCUUUUGGAAAGAUCACAAUGUACAGGUCUUGAUACGUAUCCGACCAAUUAAUAAAGUUGAAAGUGCUCUCCAUGGUUACAAUAGAUGUUUGAUACAGGAAAGCUCGCAGACCCUUACAUGGACAGGGCACCCUGAAACAAGGUUCACUUUUGAUCAUGUUGCAUGUGAAGACACCACGCAGGUAAAUUGUUGCAGGAGAAACUUUUUUGAGUUGUUGGCCUACCAAUGGUGGAGAACUGCAUGUCUGGCUAUAAUAGUUGUAUGUUCGCCUAUGGUCAGACUGGUAGUGGAAAGACAUACACGAUGAUGGGAGAGGUUCAUGAGAUGGACAAUAGUCUUUGUGAGGAUCGUGGGAUAACUCCUCGCAUUUUUGAAUAUUUAUUUAUGCAGAUAAGGGAGGAAGAGGAGCGCCGCAGCAACGAGCAAUUGAGAUUCAGUUGCAAGUGUUCCUUUCUUGAGAUCUAUAAUGAACAAAUAACUGAUCUUCUUGAACCAUCAUCAACCAAUCUUCAGCUAAGAGAAGACAUGAAAAAAGGUGUGUAUGUUGAAAACCUCAAGGAGUGUGAUGUCUCUUCUGUCAAGGAUGUGGUUGAACUGUUGUUACAGGGUGCUGCAAAUAGAAAAAUAGCGGCAACCAACAUGAACAAUGAGAGUAGCCGCUCUCAUAGUGUCUUUACUUGUGUCAUUGAGAGCCGAUGGGAGAAAGAUUCCAUGACGCACCUCCGUUUUGGACGGUUAAAUCUUGUGGAUCUUGCUGGCUCGGAGAGGCAGAAAAGCUCUGGUGCAGAAGGAGAGCGCUUGAAAGAAGCGGCAAAUAUCAAUAGAUCCUUAUCAACGCUGGGUCUAGUUAUCAUGACUCUAGUGGAUAUAGCAAAUGGGAAAAACCGCCAUGUUCCUUAUAGAGAUUCAAGACUCACAUUUCUUCUUCAGGAUUCACUAGGAGGAAAUUCUAAAACAACAAUUGUUGCCAACGUCAGCCCAUCUAUUUGCUCUUCAAGUGAGACAUUAAGCACUCUAAAGUUUGCUCAACGUGCCAAGCUCAUUCAAAACAAUGCAAAAGUGAAUGAGGAUGCUUCAGGGGAUGUGAUGGCAUUACAGCGACAAGUACAAGAUUUAAAAGAUCAGUUGACCUACUUGAAAAAUCACCAAAUCAUCCCUAUAUCUCUGUGUUAUCCCUCUUCCAGCUCUAAGCCAAUAAAUUCAAGUGUUCUUUCUGAUGAAUUCACUUCUUUGGAAGGAAACAAAUUUGAGACAUUCAAUGACUCGAGUCUUCUACAGCAGAAGGUUAACGACCUGGAAUCUGCUUUAGUUGGCAGCAUGAGGAGAGAGAAAUUGGCAGAGGCUGAAGUCAGGAGGUUAGAGGCUGAAAUCAAGCAUAUGAAUCGAUUGGUGCAUUUGUUGGAAGACGAUGCUCAGAGAACCAGAGUAAUUCUAAAAUUGCGCGAUGAAAAGCUAAGACGAUUGGAAUUGCUUGCAGAUGACCUAGUGUCGUCUGAUGUCUACCUCAUGGAGGAAAACGUUGCAUUAUCCAAAGAGAUCCAGUUAUUACGGGAGCGAAUUGAUAGAAAUCCUGAUUUAAGUAAAUUUGCUUUGGAAAACAUAAGACUUGUCGAGCAGCUUAGAAUGCUUCAAAACUUCUAUGAGGGAGGGGGAUGGGAGGCAUUAUCAACAGAGAUUUCUCAGUUGCGCAAUUGUUUUCUUAACAUUCUUGAGGGGAAAUAUGCACCCGAUAGGUGGAUGGAAACUCAGGGCGAUGAGUCAUUAGAGGAGCUGGACAGCUGUCGGAGGCAACUGGAUGAAUAUCAAAAAAAUUAUGUUUUGUCCACUAGGGACAUUAAUAUGCCAAACUGCCUAUGCCAGCUUGAAAAGAAUCAGGAUAUUGGCAAAUUACUGGCAGAACUUGAGCAAGUUAAACAAGACAACGACAAAUUUCUUGAACUUGCGAAAGUAGAUAAAGAACAGGAUCCUGAACGAUGGAAAGAACAACGUAGUCAAUCUUCAGAAAGCAGUAGCAGUAUCCUGAUAAAUGCAGAUAAGGCAAAAUUUGAAGAAUUGCAUAAGCAGGUAUCCAUUCUGACUCGAGAAAAUUCAAAAUUUAGGGAUCUUGUUGCUGCCAAAGAGGCGGAGAUUGCUGCAUUGUCAGAAGAGUGGGAGAAGGCAAUAGUUGAUUUGUCCAGCUUCCUCUUAGACGGUUGCAAAUCACUAGAAGAUGCAUCUGAACAUAUUGGAAAUGUAGUUAAAUUAUGUCCUCAUAAGAACUUAUGGGUUAAUGAACAAUUUGAGAGGGCCGUAAAGAUGAAUAUUGAGAAAGAAAAUUUAAUCUCCGAUCUCCAAAGCAAGCUUCAUGGUGCACGGAAAACAGCACGGGAAUUGAAGACAAAGUUGGAUUCUCUGAGGGGAGCAGCUAUCGCUAUAUCAGAAGUUCAGCAGCAGGAGAAUGAUGAAGGUAAUGAAGAAUUGUUGCAUCUGAAGGAAUUAUUGCACGAGAAAGAUUCACAAAUUGAAGAACUGGAAAAUCUAGUAAAAUCUAAAGAAGGCCUUGUUGUAGAAGCAGAAAAAACAGCUGAUGCUGCUUCUCUGGUAAUUCAGAAGUUGUACGACAGGAGUCCUGCAGAACCUUUGGAUGUGGGCGAGGUAACAUCAACUUUUGAUGACCUCGAUCCGCAUUGUAAGGUAAAGCUUGAUUAUUUGUUGCAACACAUAGAAGAGAAAGCAAAGCAGGUGCCGAGCUUGCUUUCGAAAUUUGAGAAGGCUCAAGAAACCAUGGAAGAAGCUGAAAUGAUGAUGAAAGCACUUCUAAAGGCCAAUGAAGAUUCAAAACAUGAAAGAGACUUUUGGAAACAAGCAACCCAAGUGGUACUGACGGAAAAGGCUACUAUCAUUGAAGACUUGCACCGAUCUGAGGCCUUAAAUUCUUCUGUAAUACGGCAGGCUUAUGCAAAUUUAGAAGAAAUUUCUGAAUUAGCAUCCUCUAUAGAAGGAUCUUUUCAUGAAAUACAGAAGAUUAAAAUGGAGGAAAUGAAUUCUAUUUGUUCCGAGAUGGCCUCUUUUGGGCAGGUGGUCAAAAGAUGGAUAGGCGAUUUAAAAUCUUUUCUUAUUAAUAUAAUAUCAGAGAUAACGGAGAAAGAUUUUGAAUCUCACGUGCUGUAUCAGUGUCAAAUAGGGGCCUUAAUUGAGCAAAUCAAGCAUUCUAAUGUGGAUUCUUCUUCACUCAGUUGCACUCAAAUUCGGUCAAGUUCAAUGUGCAGUAAUGUGCAGCCAUGUUUAGCGGUUGAACAUGUUGGAGGCACUAAGGAGCUUCUGAAUGAAGCCAAAACAGUUCGAGACAUGGUUUCUGUAGAAUUAGAUAAUGUUUUUAUAGCAAAGCCUGAAGAAUUUGAGAAUGAAAUAGAGGAUCUUGCAGAUUAUCUAUCACUGAAAGGAGAAUUUGCUAGAAAAGAUGAUAUUAUUGAGGGCCUAUUUUUUGACCUUAGACUGUUGCAGGAGUCAACCUCCUACACAAAGGACAUGAAAGAUAAAAUUGAGGAGACAGUCGCCACUUUAAUCCAAGUUCAACACGAACUUGCAAUGAAAACUUCUCUUGUUGAGAGCAUCCUGGAGACGCAAAAGAUACUAGAAAUACAAAUUAAUGAAAGUGAAGCUGCACUGCACAGUUCGAGAUAUAAACUGGAGCAAGCCCAAAAUUUAUGUGAAGUGCUUUCUAGGGAAAAUAAAGUGUUAAGAGACUUGAUGGAGGAUGAACUUCUCAAGAAUGGCGAAAUGGAGAAGCAAUUGGAAGAGAAGAGUAAGGUUAUAAACAGUUUAGAGAGCCAAAUCCUUUUGGUUAAUUCUUCUGUAGGGGAAAGCUUCUGCUCUUCCGUUGAAGAAAUAACAGAAGAACUUAAAGCAAUCAAUGAUGAAAAAGUUCAUCUUCAAACAGAGAUAUUUGACUUAAACGGCAAGCUUGAGAUGGCAAUGACUUUAGUUGAUGAGAAAGAAGCCAUAGCUGUUGAAGCUCGUCAGGUGGCGGAGGCAAGUAAAAUCUACGCUGAGGAGAAAGAAGAGGAGGUUAAGAUUCUUGAGCACUCCAUCGGAGAACUUGAAGCUACCAUAGGUGUGCUAGAGAAAAAGGUAUACGACCUGAAAGAGCAAGUUGAAAGCUAUCAGUUGAUACGGAAAGCUUUAGAACUUGAAGUUGAAGCACUUACAGGGAGGAUUCUUUGGUUGGAAAAUUCUGGGGAAGGUUUUGUCGCAGAAGGUCAAUGUGUUGAGGGAGGAAAGAGUCAACUAUCAAGCAAACUAGAUGAUGGGAUCGCCGAACUUUGUGAAGCAAGAAAAUGCAUAGAGGAUCUUGAGAUGGAGAGUAAAUUGAAAGAGGAAGAGAUAAAGCAAUAUAAAGAUCACAUCUCAGAGCUGGUCCUUCAUUCUGAAGCACAGUCCUCAUUGUUUCAAGAGAAGUUCAAAGUAUUAGAGCAUAUGAUUUCUUCGGUGAAGGUUGAACCAUCGGCCUCAAAUCCCGAGCCAGGUGCAAAUAAAUUAGAAAAAACCUCUGCGCGCACAAGGGGGUCCAGCUCUCCAUUUCGAUGCUUAACAAAUAUGGUUCAGCAAAUGAGCAUGGAGAAGGACCAAGAACUGGCCAUGGCUAGGCUUCGAAUAGAAGAACUAGAAGCGCUUGUUUCUAAUAAACAAAAAGAGGUUUGCCAGUUAACUGCAAGAUUAGCAACAGUUGACACUAUGACGCAUGAUGUCAUUAGGGAUCUACUGGGUAUCAAAUUAGAUAUGACUAAUUAUGCUAAUUUGAUUGAUCAAGAACAACUGCAAAAGUUGUUAACAGAGUAUCAUGAACAAACAGAAAAAUCGAAAACUAAGGAUAUGGAAAUCCUAAAUCUGAAGAAGCAAAUCGAUCAUCUCAUUCAUGAAAGAAACAGCUUGAUCGAGGAAAUAGAUCAGAGGAGCGAAGAUAUACUUGCUUGUCAGCUGACCGUCGAACGGCUUCAGCAGAGAGAACAGUUGCUAUUGGCACAGAAUGAAAUGUUAAAGGUGGACAAAGCCAGUCUUCAUCAAAAGAUUAUAGAAUUGGACGAGACAAUGGAACUAAUCGCUGAAUCAAGAAAUAGCGAAGACCGUACACAAAAGCCAAGGAAUUCGGGGGGUAGUUCAGGAAAUUUUGGCAGCGACGAGUUCAGUAAACGAUUAGCUCAAUCAGAUAAGCUUCUUUCUCACGCAAGACAUGAGCUUCCUCGGUAUCGAAAAUCUAGUAACAGCAUACAACUUGACUGACAAUUAUGAAGCUGGUCAAUUCAUGCAGUCAUGGUCGAUUGAUCGAGAGCUCGCUUUAUGGCUUUGCAUAGAGCUUGUUUAUUCUCGGCGCAAAGAAGGUAUAAAAUGCAUCUCCAUUUUGCGCUCUUAGAUAUUUAUGUGUAUAAAUCCAAUUGUGUUUCUAGAUUUAAAUCUUAAUACGCACUACGAAUCUGUAUAUUCUUUUGGUGGAGCAUCGUAUGUGAGAAGAGCUAUCUCUUGUUAAUAUAUAAAUUUGGUUAAAUA